CUUUUCCUGCCGUUUCUGCCGCGCCCUUCCACCUCUGCUCCUUUCUUUCCCCUUCCUUCUCCAUCCAACAACGACUCCUCCGGAUCCCCUGCCGGCACCGGAGCAAGCGCCAUGGGCGCGAUAGUCUCCUGCAUGUCCGGCCGCAACGGCCGGUCCCCCUCGGCCUCCCCGCCGCCCGCCGCCAAGCGGCGCUCCUCCGUCUCAUCCCGCCGCGGCGGCGGCGGCAAGGCCGCGGAGAUCGACGAGCAGGCGCUGGCCGCCGCCGCGGCGCUCGUGCUGGGUCAGCGCGGCGCCGGAGGCGCGUUCGACCGGUCGGCUUCCGUAAGGUACGCCGCCAAGCGGCAGCAGCAGGGCCCGCCGCUGCCGAGGAGCUCCAGCACGCGCCCGCGCUCGCUCGCCGACCCCGAGCUCCAGCCGCAGCACCUCCUCGCCAAGGAUUUGAAUACAAAAGAUUUGGAAACCAACAUCAUUGUUCUUGUUCACGGAGGCGGGUUUGGUGCUUGGUGCUGGUACAAGACCAUGUCACUUCUUGAAGAUAGUGGGUUCAAAGUCAAUGCCAUCGACUUAACAGGCUCCGGGAUUCAUUGUUCUGAUACAAACAAGAUUAGCAGUCUUUCAGAGUAUGCUGAGCCACUUACAUCUUACCUUAAGGGCCUAGGUGAUGCUGAAAAGGUGAUUUUGGUUGCACAUGAUUUCGGUGGUGCUUGCAUAUCCCAUGCAAUGGAGAUGUUUCCCUCGAAAGUUGCCAAGGCUGUUUUCCUUUGUGCAACAAUGCUGGCAAAUGGACAUAGUGCUCUUGAUAUGUUCCAACAGAUGGAUACAAAUGGUAUGCUCCAAAAGGCGCAGGAAUUUGUAUACUCCAAUGGCAAGGACCGGCCUCCCACCGCUAUCAACAUCGACAAGGCUUUGAUAAGAGAUCUGUUAUUCAACCAAAGUCCUGCCAAGGAUGUAACCUUGGCUUCGGUAUCCAUCAGACCUGUCCCAUUUGCCCCGAUAAUGGAGAAACUCGCCCUAACAGAAGAAAACUACGGGUCUGUGCGGAGAUUCUUUGUUGAGACUACAGAGGACAAUGCAAUACCUCUCUCCCAUCAGCAGAGCAUGUGUGCGACCAACCCACCAGAGAAGGUUCUGCGGCUGAAAGGGUCCGACCAUGCCCCUUUCUUCUCGAGGCCGCAAGCGCUGCACAAAGCCCUUGUAGAGAUAGCAACCUUGCCACCAGCUAAGGCAUCAUGAGAGCUUGUUCUAUAUCAGAUUUUUUUUUUCCAGCCAGCGAAAUCGCCAUGAUUGUUCCCAUGGCUGCUGCUGCUGGUGCUGUAUAUGUUGAGGUUGACAGUAUGCUUUGAGGCAGAAUGCCAUGGUUCAGAAGUCAUUAUGCAGAA